AUGGCCCUAUCAAAGACGAACGCAUCGUCACCUUUUUCGAGGCUGUUCGUUCCGAAGCAAGUCGCGCAUAACGAUGAAAAGCUCAGAAAAAUAUGUACAAACCUCAGGAGCGAGCUUAGUCUUAUCAAGAGCGUCGUGAGCAAGCAAGGGCGAGUCAAGCAAGACGACAAACGUCACGUCAUCAAAGUUAUCGGCGACAUAAUUGAUGACAUCCUCCAAAAUGAUCGUACACUGUCGCCAGAUGCCAGACGUCGCUUGGUCAACAUGGCAGUAUCUAUCCUGUGGUCUGAUCCAGAAGUCGGUGUCGUGCGCCUAGAGAGUGAGGAGGCCAAGGUUCAAAAGCCGCCUAAGCAGGUGGAUUUCAACAAUAGAGUCGCAUACAUUCCACCACCGAAGGUUUCCACCGCACAGAGGCUCCAACGUGCUGUCAGCAAUGUCGACCUGAAACUUACAGCGAAGAAGACGACGAAAAUGUUGAGGCGCCAGGCGAGCAUGCCCGCAAUGCCUGCAUUGCCUCAUAUGACGCCUAGUCCAGAGGUAUGA